GGCCCUUGCUAACUGGUGGGACAGAGCCAAGACUCAAGUCUUGAGCCCCUUGGGUGCCAGGGCCCAACUGGUGCUGAUGGCUGAAUUGGUUACUACUGUUCUGUUCUUUAGUGUUCUGACAAGCAGUCCAUAAACACUGUGCUUUCCCAACAGGUACCUUUCCUAGACGCUGGCCUCAGAGCAGGAAGCCAGCUGGAGCUUCUGCACUCAGGUCUCUAGUGCUGAACCGCCUUCGUCCAACAAUCACUGGGGGAGGGAAAGCACCACCUGGUUCCCCUCGAUGGCGUAACAAAGGCUACCGAUGCAUUGGAGGGGUUCUGUACAAGGUGUCUGCCAACAAGCUCUCCAAGACCUCCAGCAGGCCCAGUGACAGCAACAGGGCCCUCCUCCGUACAGGACGCCUGGACCCUGCCACCAUCAGCAGUCGUUCCUUGGCCAGCCGGGCCAUCCAGCGGAGUCUGGCUAUCAUCCGGCAGGCGAAGCAGAAGAAAGAGAAGAAAAGAGAGUACUGCAUGUAUUACAACCGCUUUGGCAGAUGUAACCGUGGCGAAUGCUGCCCCUACAUCCAUGACCCUGAGAAGGUGGCCGUGUGCACCAGAUUUGUCCGAGGCACGUGCAAGAAGACAGAUGGGUCCUGCCCUUUCUCUCAUCAUGUGUCCAAGGAAAAGAUGCCUGUGUGCUCCUACUUUCUGAAGGGGAUCUGCAGCAACAGCAAUUGCCCCUACAGCCACGUGUAUGUGUCCCGCAAGGCCGAAGUCUGCGGUGACUUCCUCAAAGGCUAUUGCCCACUGGGUGCGAAGUGUAAGAAGAAGCACACACUGCUGUGUCCUGACUUUGCCCGCAGGGGUGUUUGUCCCCGUGGCACCCAGUGCCAGCUGCUUCAUCGUAACCAGAAGCGACAUGGCCGGCGGACAGCUGCACCUCCUACCCCAGGGCCCAGUGAUGGAACCCCCAGAAGCAAGGCCUCAGCCGGCCAUGCACUCAGGUGACAUAUCAGUGGGUGCUGCAUAUGUGAGUUUAUGUGAGCUAGAGGUGGCCCAUUCCUGCUCUAAGGACAUUUAGGACCCUCUGGUAAAGUCUUCCUCCAACACUGUGGGCUUUAGAUCCAAAAGGGAAUCUCAGUUGGAGGCAAGAGCCUUAAGAUACCUACAUUCUGGAUCCCUGAGUGUGCAGAGUCACAAACACCCCCAUGCAUGGAGGCUUUCAGAGACCCACUCUACAAGAAAGGGCAUGAGCCCCUGGAGGACAGGGCUAUCAGAGUUGUGCCCAUAGCCUAUGGAUUCUAGGGAUUCCCUACAGAUGAACCCUGGGCUCUAGAAGAUGAGGAAUAGAGCUGGAAUUUCACAGGCUUCAGCCCCAUCCGCCUCAGGUGAAAGUCUCUGAAACCAGCAUGUCCUUGGACUGUAGGCCAGCCUUAGAUCUGUAUAGACAUGCCCAGUGGCCUCUAGGGUUGGGUAGGGCGGUCAGGGGCUGGGAGCCCUAUUAUAGGAUCGGUAUCAUGUAAAUAAUUGGCAAGCACCCUCUCUCUCCAACAUUGCUCACCCUCACUUUUGUUCCCCCUUU